CUCUGACUAAAGAUACUGUAUACAGAUAUACUGAGUUGUUGUGUUUUUAUUCAGUUCUUUGCUGCCUCUUCAUCAUGACUCUUAGAAGCAUCAUGGUUUUCAUCAUCCCAUUUUUCAUCAUAGUUGGGGUACUGAGCCCAGCUGACUCUGCUGGUAUUCGCUUCAGUAAACACUGCUGUACAAGUUAUAGUAAUAAAGUGGUCCAUUUCCAUCACAUUCGAGGCUACAGGAUGCAAAGUAAUCUGGAAAACUGCCACAUCAAUGCCAUCAUUUUCUACACCACCAGUAACCAUGAAAUCUGUUCAAAUCCAAAGGAUGAGUGGGUGAAGGAAACUCUUAAAAGACUGAGAAAGCCAUUGGAAAAGCAGGUAAAAAACUGAGAAAACCUGAAAACUUUCCCAUGCAUGGAGGAAGAGGAUCUUUUAAAAUGACAAAUAAAAAGAAAAAAGAAAGUUUUUUAUAAAGUAAAAAUUGGCAGCAAUGGAAUUAAGAUAUUUUGAUCUUCUGCAAUCAAAUCUUUGAGAAUAAUCUCUCAUUUAAAGGCAUUAGUGAAAUUUUGUUAUGAUGAACUAAAACAUCAAAAAUAAUUAUUUUAGCUACUCAUUUCACCCAGUGAAAUGAGUUGUAAAAAUAAUUAAACACAGACCAAUGGUUAAACUCACUGACAACUUUUCAUUAUUAUCUAUUUCUGUUCGAGACUAAGAAAAUAUGUUUAAAAAAUAAAUAAGAGUUGAUUAUAAAAAAAAACAUGUUGGUCUUCUAAAAACCCUGUUAAAAAUGUUUGACAAUAAGGUUAUUAUGGCAAAAGAUUAUUUUCAAAGUGUAUUGUUCAUUCUGAGGAUGAGCCUCAUCCUAACUGUUUUAUUUUACUUUAUUAAAUAUGGCUGUACUUGCUUUGUACUUCUAUAAGCUUUGUUAUGUUGACCUAUACCUUGGGACAUAUUACUUCAUGCAUGUCUUAAACAUUUUUCUUUAUGUUAAUUUUAAUGCUUGCAAUAAAUCAUUGAUUAACUUUCUAAAUAUAUGAAUCAUAUAUCAAGCACAUAAAAUAUGUUUUUAAGGGGUUUGAUGCUGUUGUUUUGUUUCAUUCCCCAUAGUAUCAAACUGUGGCAAUUUACUUUGGUAAGUUUUACUGAUUCAUGUGAUUUUGUACUACUCAUUAAGUCUUUCCGAAUCAUAUAAACUUAAUAAAUUGACUGCUCAAACAG